CUUAGCUCUGAGAUCCAACGAUGGAGUUUUUGGACGAGGACGCAAGGCCAAGGUUCCUCUUCCAAUCGAAAGCAGUGGCUUCUUCAGCCACAGACCCAGAACCCCAUUACAAGAAUCUCAACAAACCAUUCAUUGCCUUUACAAUAUUACUCUCAAUUCUAUUACUGGGUCUCUCCUUCUUCUUCCUCCAAUCCGAACCCUACCAAUCUCUCCUCAUCUGGGUUGCUCUCUCCAUCCUCGUCGGCCCCUUCGCUCCCGCUUCAGUCACCGGUGGUGACAUCAGCGUCGGUCACGGCCAAAUCCUCGACCUCCCUGAAAUCACAACCCAAGUAGAGGAGGAAUCGAAGAAGAGGGUGUCUCAAAAGAGAUCAAAGCCGCGUCGAUUUGAUGAAUUGGGCACAGAUUCGACACCGGUGGCCGAAACUGUUAAUGGGCCUGUGAGAGAAGAGAAAAAGCGUGAGGUUUCCGAAGGUAAUGGUAAUGGGUCUAUGGUGUUUGAUGAAGAGACGGAGUGGGUUGAAGAGGAUGUUGAGUUUUUGAAGAAACUGCUCUUGAAGUACCCGGUAGGGAAGCUGAGACGGUGGGAGGUUAUUUCCGAGUCGUUUCGGGGAAAGCAUAAGGUGGAGAGUGUGAUCAAGAAGGCCAAAGAAUUGGGAGAGAAGAAAGUGACUGAUUCAGAUUCUUAUGCAGAGUUUUUGAAGAAGCGUAAGCCCAAUGACAAGAAAAUCGAGAGUGAGAGUCAAGACUUGGGUGAUGAGUUGGUGGUGGAAAAUGGUGAAGUGAAGAAAGAGAGCAAUGGUGGUGGGGUGAGUUGGGCUUCAACUGAAGACAUUGCAUUGCUCAAUGCCCUGAAGGCGUUUCCCAAGGAUGUGUCGAUGAGGUGGGAGAAGGUUGCAGCUGCUGUGCCUGGGAAGUCGAAGGCGGCUUGUAUGAAGAGAGUUGCCGAGUUGAAGAAGGGUUUUCGGAGCUCCAAGGCUUCAACAGAAGAGUAGAUGAAGCAAGGGAAGAUUGUCUGAUUUGGAAUUGGAUAUGCAUUUUGCAUUGAGGAGAUCAUGGAACAGUUUGAGAUUGUUUUCAGUCGUGUACAAUGAAAUUCCAGUGACUGAACCCAUUGAGAAGAUAUUUGAUUCUUUCUGGAAUCUUCAUAGAACAGAAGGCAGAGAAAUAAGAGAUGUGAAAGCUGAGAGGGACCACAACAGGGUGACCUUGAUUUUAUCAUACAUCUGGUGGCUUGCCAAAAUCUCAGUUGAUUCUGAUAAUGAGCAAUUUAUAGUUCAAGCAGGGUUGAGCAAUCCUUUCCAUAUUCGAAGGACUUUCUGUCAGAGAGUUUUGAGGCCUAUCAACUUUCUUGCAAUACUCAUAGAUUCUUAUGUUUUUUUUUAUAGUAUUCUUUGAAAAGGUUCUUAAGUGAGGCUUAUUUAUUUAUUUUUUCCUAAUGUUAGAUCAGAUAUGAACAGCUAAAAUACAUAAUGGGUGAGAUACAUUUCAAUAGAUCUCAAUUCUCAACCAUUCA